AUACAAUUUCCCAUUGCCAAAAAGAAAAAGAAAAAAACUUCAUCCUACCACUUUCAACAAUAUCUCCUUUUGCCUUGAACAACUAUGGCUCCUUCUCUUCAACAACCAAUUCCAUCUGAAGCAAUAACCAGCGAUGCAUCAUCGGACGUUACCAUCACUGGAAAGAUAUACACACGAGUUCGUCUCGCUACGAAAUCUGAUCUUUCUCAUAUAUACCGAUUGUUUUACCAAAUCCAUGAAUACCAUAACUAUACUCAUCUAUACAAAGCUACUGAGUCCUCCUUGGCCAACUUGCUCUUUAAGGAAAACCCUCUUCCACUUUUCUACGGUCCAUCAGUACUUCUACUUGAAGUCUCUCCAACCCCUUUUAAAGAAGCUAAGAAUGAAGAGUUCAACCCUGUCCUUACAACGUUUGACCUUAAAUUCCCUGUCGUAGAAGGACAGGUUGAGGAAUUCCGGUCCAAAUAUGACGAUAAGAGUGAUGCUUACAUCGCGGGAUAUGCUUUCUUUUACGCGAAUUAUUCGUGCUUCUAUGACAAGCCUGGGUUCUAUUUUGAGAGUCUUUACUUCAGGGAGAGUUAUAGGAAGUUGGGAAUGGGGAAAUUGUUGUUUGGGACAGUUGCAUCUAUUGCUGCUAACAAUGGGUUUGUAUCGGUUGAGGGAAUAAUCGCAGUAUGGAAUAAGAAGUCAUAUGAUUUUUACAUAAAUAUGGGAGUUGAAAUUUUUGAUGAGUUUAGGUAUGGCAAAUUGCAUGGUGAAAAUCUUCAAAAGUAUGCUCAUAACAAGGACAAAAAUGACGAAGGAAGCUGUUAGUGUGUUAUUUUUUUACAUGUUGAAAGUUCCCAUUCAUACAUUUCUAUUUCUAAUCUUGUAAAAGCAGAAUGCGCAUUACAUUUAUAUCAAGUUUAAAUUUGUUACUCA